AUGGCUAAUGUAAUUUCACCAGAUUAUUUUCCCCAUGCUCCAAGUCAUCCUUCAAUACUUUGGUUAGUGGACUGUCCUAAUCUUUCUGAAGUGACCGAACUCGCCAGUAGGGUUUAUCGCGAAUCAUUGGCUACGCCUUACAUAGGCCAAUUCGUCGUCUUUGGCAGACGUCACCAUGCAGAAGAGGCGCACCUUCGAGUUCUUUGUCUUACUGAUGACACCGUAGACAAGACCCUAGAGUGUCAAGAAGGCUUCGAAUUAUUGGCCAGCAGUCCUCCAGUCGAAGUAGGCAUAUUUAUUUAUGAAACAUUUUAA